AUGCCAGAAUCUCACAACAGAUGUGAAAAACAAGUGACACCUGUGCCAACAUCGGCGCUGGAAGAGAAAAUUAAAAAAAGAAAAGUGAAUGAUGAAAUGGAGCAACAACUUGUACUUUUGGAACAAACAAUAACAAGUUUCGUUGAAAACAACAAUUUUGACAAAGCCGUGGAUGUAUUAUUAACAUUUAUUAAUUUUUCCGAGCAUGCUUCCAUUGACCAAUAUCCUCGUUUGGUGAAGUGUUUUGACAUGAUUUAUAAGGCUAGUUGGCCUACAUUUCAUUUUUCAAAAGUGGCCCGUAAAUUAGAAAACCAAUUUACCUUCACAACGAUACACAAUGAACAUUGCAACAAGUUGAUCCUAGCCUCCAUGUACAGUGGAGCUUGGGGACACGCCAUUAUCUAUGAUAAGGCUAUCAAUAUUCUUCUGAAUUCAGAUGCUUUAAAAUCUCAUUAUAUUGCUCAAAACCUAUUGGGUGAUAUUUACUAUGCACAAGAAUAUUUCGAAGAAGCAAAGAAAUAUUAUGAAUUUGCUGCAAAGCAAAACUAUGCAUGUGCUCAGGUAAAUUUGGGCUUUGUUCACUUCGGCUCCUCAAACGCUAGUCAUGCAAUUUAUUAUUAUGAAAUGGCAGCAAGACAAAAUUAUAACGACGCUUUUUACCACCUUGGCAAGAUUUACGAAUCAGGACGUGGGAUGGACAACCAAGAUUUCCCAACAGCUAUACAGUAUUACGAGAAGGCUGCCGAACACAAUCAUGCACCUGCCAUGUUUGUGUUGGGGAAUAUUUACGAAAAGGGAAAAAGAGUGCAAAAAGACAUCAACAAGGCGUUAGAAUAUUACGAACGAUCUGCUCAACUUGGUGAUGAACAGGCCCAAUAUUACAUGGGAAGGUUGUACGAAAAAGGACUCUACGUACCACAGGACUUUGGAAAGUCCAUGAAAUAUUUUGAACUUGCAGCUCAACAACAAUGUUAUACAGCAUUCCGUAAAUUAGGGAAAAUAUAUAGAGAUGGCUGUUUUGGAAAUGUUGCACAAAAUCUCACAAAAGCAAUUUAUUACUUUGAAUUGUAUGAUGAUGAAUGUAUUGAGGCAAAGGACUUGAGAAUCGAUCGAUUCUUUCAGGAAUUUCAAACAAAAGCAUUGCGUUCAGGCCGAGAAUUAUCGGACGUUUACAUCACAUGCGUUGAUUAG